AUGGUUAGAGGAGAAAAAGUCAACCGAAAAAUGUUUAGUACACUUUUCCUAGGAUAAUAUAAAGGAUAGGAUGAAAAUAUCGAUUUGAUCUGUACUCUGAAAAGAUCAGAAUGCACAAUCAAGUUUGAACAAAAUUUAACUUUAUUGAAUUUAUUAAAACACUGUAAGAAGGCUUUAAGGUAAUGAUUGUUAUACAUCAUUAGGAGGAAUUCCCAACUACGAGCCCUAUCAUAGUAAAUGAGAAUAGAAAAUGAAACUCAAUAUAUCAUAUAAUGGUGGAUGAUUUGA